AUGAGUGCACACACAAUUGGAGGCAUUAAACCCCGAUCAACGGCAGCUAUUAUAGUUAUUGGUGACGAGAUUUUGAAGGGAUCAACUCUGGAUACAAAUUCGCAUUUUCUAUGCAAGCGAUUGCACAAAUUGGGAGUUGUCGUCAGAAAAAUACAUGUGAUCGGUGAUGAAGUGAAUUCGAUUUCCAACGAAAUUAAAGAACUGCACACAAAGGUUGAUUUUCUCUUCACUACUGGUGGAAUUGGACCGACACAUGAUGAUAAAACAUUCUUGGGUUUGGCGAAAGCUUUUGAAGAUGAAUUGGUGUUUAACGAAGAGAUUGCGUCGGCCGUGAGCUCACUUUCGAAGAAAACCGAGCCAAAUAAAGGAUUCAUUCAAAAGCUGUCAACUAUUCCCCGAUCAGCCACUCUUCGUUGGGGUCGUGAGAAAGGAACAGGAGAACGGGGGAAAUAUCCGAUUGUUCAGGUGAAAAACAUUGUCGCUUUUCCUGGGGUUCCGCGAUUUUGCGAGCUGGCUUUCGACAAUAUUGAGGAAGAACUCUUCCCAUCCACCGAGUUUCGUCCGAUAUUCAGGGAGACAAUUUACGCGAAUAAAUCUGAAUUCGAAUUUUCAGAUGAACUAACAAAGACUGCCGAUAAUUUCGAAGGACGAGUGGAAAUUGGAAGUUAUCCCGAUUUUAAUAACAAUUAUUAUAAAACGAAGUUGAUCGUGGAAAGUGAAAACGAAGAAGACGGGGCAAAAGCGGUGGAAGAACUGAAGAAAAUUAUCGCAGAAAAUCUCGUCUACUACGAUGCAAAGCCUUGGCUGAAUACCGUACAGAAAUGGAAUGCUUUUCGUGAACGCAAGCUCGUAUCAAAUCCAAAUUUUGUCAAAAGUCUUGACGGAGCAAUGGCAUGCAUUGAUGGCAUUUUGGAUGAGUACAGUUUAAAUCAAAUAGCUCUUUCGUUUAAUGGCGGUAAAGAUUGCACAGUUCUUCUCCAUAUGUUGCGAGUUGCCAUCGACAAAUACGGACCAGGGCAAAAAAUUGCUGGAUUUCACAUUGUUUGCGACGAUCAAUUCCCCGAGCUAACGCAAUUUAUCAUUGAUGCCGCAAAAAUGUAUAACAUUGUUGUUAUGGAAUUACCGGGACCUCUCAUAAUUGGAGUGAGCUCAUUGAAAGAACAACGGCCACAAAUUGUGCCCGUUUUGAUGGGAAGUCGUGCAAGUGAUCCGAAUGGAAAAUAUAUGAAAUCUAAAGUUGAGUGGACUGAUUCGGAUUGGCCUCGAGUACUUCGUGUGUGCCCGAUUCUUCCGUGGAGCUAUCAAGAUGUUUGGAUGAUGUUGAGAGGUCUUUGUGUUCACUAUUGUCAACUGUACGACCAGGGUUACACAUCAUUAGGCGGUCGAGAGACAACAGUUCCAAAUGAGAUGUUGCGAAUAGAAAGUAGCGGAAACAUAAGAUACUGCCCAGCUUAUACACUCAACGAUGGGAAUGAAGAAAGGAAAGGACGCAAAAAUAAA